UUGUUUUCCACCAUGAAGAAAAAUAACUCCAAACCAUCACGGAAGUAGGAGAUAUGCCUUGUUUAUGGUAGCUUAAAGAAACUUAAAUAAACUGAUACCGAUCAAUUCCUAUGAUAUCCUGUUAAUGCUGCACGAGAGCACAAUGAAUUUUAAACGUGCCAUGGAUUUGCCUAGAUUAAACACACAUCUGGAGUCUUUAUAUCUUCAGCCGGGUUCAAUCGCAUCUUUAGCAGCCUGUGAUUGAGUGGGUGCAUCUGUCCCAUUGUACCAGAGAACACUGAGAAUUUGACAAGACCAUGGGCCACAGGAGGAGAGGUCAUACUCACGCAGCUAAAACACCUCCAUCCCAAGACACACACUCCUCCACCACACUGGUGACACCGCCCUCUGAUUCUGAUGGGGAUGUGAAACACAGAAUAUGUAUGGUGUCAGACUUUUUCUAUCCUAAUAUGGGCGGAGUGGAGAGUCAUAUCUACCAGCUUUCACAGUGCCUCAUUGAAAAGGGCCAUAAGGUUGUCAUAGCAACACAUGCAUAUGGAGACCGCCGUGGGAUUCGCUACCUGACCAACGGAUUGAAGGUCUAUUAUCUACCGCUGCAGGUCAUGUAUAAUCAGUCCACCGCCACCACUUGCUUCCACAGUUUGCCGUUACUUAGAAGCGUAUUUGUGCGUGAACGCAUCACAAUCGUGCAUGCCCACAGCUCCUUCUCCGCAAUGGCCCACGAUGCACUGUUUCACGCUAAGACCAUGGGACUCAACACCGUAUUCACAGAUCACUCUCUCUUCGGAUUCGCAGACCUCAGCUCUGUACUGACAAAUAAGCUGCUGACCGUCUCUUUAUGCGACACUAAUCACAUUGUGUGCGUGUCAUACACUAGUAAAGAAAACACUGUACUGCGAGCCGCUCUUGAUCCUGAGAUUGUCUCUGUUAUCCCCAAUGCUGUGGACCCCACUGACUUCACCCCUGACCCCUGUCGUCGUGACAACAGCAAGAUCACAAUUGUAGUCAUUAGUCGACUGGUUUACAGAAAAGGGAUUGAUUUACUAAGUGGAAUCAUUCCUGAACUGUGUGGAAAGCACCCAGAUCUCUGUUUUUUGAUUGGUGGAGAGGGACCCAAAAGAAUUGUAUUGGAAGAAGUUAGAGAGAAGUAUCAGCUUCAUGACAGGGUUCGCCUACUGGGAGCUCUAGAUCAUAAAGAUGUGAGGGAUGUUCUUGUUCAGGGUCAUAUCUUUCUCAACACCUCUCUCACUGAGGCAUUCUGUAUGGCCAUAGUGGAAGCAGCCAGUUGUGGCCUGCAGGUGGUAAGCACUCGAGUAGGAGGUAUACCUGAGGUCCUGCCUGAUGAGUUGAUGACUCUGUGUGAACCAACAGUUUGUUCACUGUGUGAUGGCUUAGAAAAUGUAAUUGCAAGAAUUCGUACAGGAAAUGUGGCAUCUCCGGCUACCAUCCACCGCAAGGUCCGAACGCUGUACACCUGGAGAAAUGUUGCUGAGCGCACAGAAAAGGUGUAUAACCGGGCGUGCAAGGAGCCUGUUUUGCCACUCUCUGCACGAUUGCACAGACUGGGUUCUCACUGUGGGGCUGUGGCAGGCUCCAUUUUCUCCUUUUUUGCUGUUAUCGACUUCCUCUUCCUGCUUCUCCUGCAGUGGCUCCGUCCAGAUCACCUGAUUGAUGUGGCUAUAGAUGCAUCAGGCCCCCACAGCCGAUUAGGCCAGAGCAGUAAUAAGAAGAAGAGUAAAACACUUAACCCAGCUUUGACUUGUGUCCUGAACAAUGAUCUAACAUUACCUCACAAUUAACUUUAUUUAUGAGGGAAAGGAUGUAAUUAAAGGAACUCUAAAAUGUGAUGAAUGUUCCUAUUUACAUUUCUGUUGAAAACACGGACCUCAAUUCCACAGAAAGCUUUUAAUAAUUGUCCUCACCCACUCCAGCUUCUGUACAAUCUCUCUCUAAUAACCUUUUUGCACUGAUUUCAGAAAAAGAUUAUAUAGAAAUGCUGCCUUUAAAUGAACCCAUAUCAGAAAAUAAUCUCAGCUUUUUCUGAUUGAUGCCCAGACAUUUUAGCUUCAAGCUAGUUUCAAGAUAAAUAACAAACAGUGGCAUUUUUCCUGUAUCACCUCUAAACGUUAUCAUCACAUGAUUUAUACCACAGCAUAUCUGUAUGUUUCUUUUAAGAUCUGAAAUAUACCAGCAGAACUGGGAUGGUUCAUGUUAAAUGCCAAACACACAAAAAAUUAGCUUUAUAGUAGAGCUGUGGACUGCUGACUAUGUUUUUUGUAUCUGUUGGUGAUAGUUUCUUCAUGUCUCUUUAAAAGAAUAGUUAAUCCAAAAUUACAAAUUCUCUCAUUUACUCACCCUCAUGCCAUCCCAGAAAUGUAUGACUUUCUUCUGCUGAACACAAACAAAGAUUUUUAGGUCCUCGCAAUGCAAGUGAAUGUUGGCCAGAACUUUGAAGCUCCAAAAAGCUCAUAAAGGCACCAUAAAGUAAUCCUUAUAACUCCAGUGGUUUAAUCCAUGUCUUCAGAAUUAAUAUGAUAGGUGUGAGUGAGAAACAAGUCAAUAUUAAGGUCAUUUUUUUAAUCUCAUGAGGGUGAGUAAAUGAUGAGAGAAUUUUCAUUUUUGGGUGAACUGUUUUUUGGUUGCUUUGUAGAGAAGAGAAUGUAUUUAUUUAAACCCAAACACACUCCAGAUGCAUUGCACUGCUUUUAGCUUUAGGUUAUUCUUUUCAUUGUUUUAUGACACCCUUUUUAUACCGUCCUUCUCUGUGACAAUGCACAAACUUUCAUACUGUCUGUUUAGUUGUCUUUUCAUUCUUUCUACACAAUCUGCAAUAAAAUGUAUUAUCAGGAAAUAAAUGUAGUCUUUUUGUUCUUUUCCUAUCAAAGCCAGCUUUGAUAUGAAUGUAUUUGUACAUGCUUCUUUGGUUUUGACCAAACACACAAAAAAAAAUUUACAAUGAAAAAUGCAAUCAAAAAUAUCAAGAGUAGAAUUCUAAAGAAAAAGAAGUAUAUGAAGUCAAUUAUUCAGUCAGAAUUUGCUUUCAAAAAUCUGUUAUUGAGUACAAUGAGGAAUGAUACUGUUUGGUAAAGUUGCUGUUUUUGUUUGAGAUAUCCUUCAGGGUCUUUCUCGCUCAGGAAUCUUAUGCUAACACCCAAACAGGGCAGAUAAUUCACACCCUCAUCCAUUCAAUGCUACAACUUUGAGCCGUUAACGCACACUUAUCUCCCUUCUGACUGCUUUCACACACAUACACGUAUUCAACAGGCUGCUUAUUCAGAUAGAAAGGUCCCAUUCCUGCAUAACAGUGGAUGCUAAUCAUGACAAAUCAUCUGCAGAGAGAGAUACUGUAUCAUCAAUUGCAUUUAGAGUUACAUUGACUUUGGUUUAUUGUCUUUCUUUACUUUUAUUUACAGAUUUAGGCCUUUCAAAUAUAUACAGAUAUAUAUAUAUACAUACUGGAUACAUUUUUUAGUUUUGUUUGUGAUAAAUUUGUGUUUAAGAUGAAGGAUGCAUUUUAUGUGCACAUACUUGUUUUAUUGUCUUAACCAAUUUGUUUCAUUGACUUUCUCUAUUCUCUGAAAUAACCCAUGUUGUAGAGAGUUCGCUGUUCUGCAAGACUUGCUACAUGUUGGAUGUGUUUUCUAUGUAUGUUUUAGCUUCUCUGUCCUUUUACUCACUUUGAGGAGACCAUUGUUUGUGUCACCUCUCGAGUCUGGGCAGGUGGGGUGUAAGCACAUAUCACUGAGAAUUGUGGGAGGUGCAUUCUUGUGUGGGGGGAUGCUUGUAUUUCUGAAGGCCAUAUAAACUCCACUGAAGAGUUUUACUGUGCUCCACUAUCUCAAUUGUUCUGUUCUCAUGAGAUCUCUUUAGUUGUCUUAUUGUGAAGUUUGAGGAUGGCUGUGGUUCACGCUGAAGUAAGCUACUGGAGCAAGGGAAGGGAUCACAGGUUUUACAUUUACGGAGGACAAGUGUGUAACACAUUAAUGGCUGGUGAGUAUAACUCUUUCCUCUGCUGCUCCUUUUCAUCUUGAAUUUUUUCAGCAGUCAGGCAUACAACAGACCACAAGAACAUUGAUUGUAUUUUUAAAUGAUUUGUUUUAUAUUUUAUUUCUCAACUUAAAAUUUGGAUUAUUUCCCUGCAUGUGAUAUCCACAGAUUUUUUCCCCUCGCAAUUCUACCAUGAAACACCAAGUUCCAUGAUAGUUACAUGCAAUAUUACAUUCAACUCUGUUUUAUACACUCAAAAAAUAUUAAAGCCUAUUUUUAACAAUUACGCAUUUCAGUUUCUAAAAAACAAAUCCUAUCAAACUGAAUUUUUACAAAAGUAAUCAAACUUAAAAUAUAUAGAUUUU